GCUAGAUUUCACAUUACCUUCGUGCUGUGGAGACCACGCCGCUGUGACCUGCUACCUCUUGCCAAGAUGGAGAAACCUUCGCCCGUGACGGAGCAAAAACCUGCCCAGAAGCCCAAGUUGUCCUUCAGUAUAGACUCCAUCCUAGGGCAUCGUGACACCGCCGUCAGCCCUCCGACGUCAUCACCCGAGCCAGACUGUCGCCCUGCCUCGUCGUGCAGUGCUUCUAGCGACGUGUCCUUCGUCAGCCAGGACUCUGAGCGUUCCCAGAGCCCCGCAGUGCCACUUGUGCGGCCCUUCCACCAUAUGGGUCCUUCACAGUGGAUCCCCGCUCACCCCUACUUCCAGUUCACCGCUUCAGUUCAUGGUGGCCCGCCUCUCCCCAAGCUGCCUAGCUCCGUGGUCCUUCGUAAACACAAGCCCAACAGGAAGCCCCGCACCCCUUUCACCUCAGAUCAGCUUCUCUCUCUGGAGAAGAAAUACCGGGAGAAGCAGUACCUGAGCAUCGCCGAGAGGGCCGAGUUCUCCGCCUCCCUCAGCCUGACGGAGACGCAGGUCAAGAUCUGGUUCCAGAACCGACGCGCCAAGGACAAGCGGCUCAAGGAGGCCGAGAUUGAACGUCUGACUAGGCCUCUGUACCCGGCCUACGGCGGCCUCCUGCCCCUGGGAGGCCACCUUCCUGCCCUAUCCCUGCAGCGGCCCUUGGUGCCCCUCCUAGGGUAGUGGAGAGAUGCUCCCGUGAUGUACCUGCAGCAGCCCCGGCUGCCUCGCCGCCCGCCCCUCCCAGGUCUCCGUCCAGCCUCUAGUCACCCCAACACUGGUUCUUCACUUUCAUAGUGACGCCCCCACCAUCCACGCCCAUGCCAACCACGCCCCUGCCACCUUCGCCCCUGCCACCCACGCCCCCAGCAUACAACGUCAGCAGUAGUACCCUCGUGUUGAUGAUAGCACGGGGUGAAGCGUGUUCACUUCCGUACCCUAAACCGCACCCCCUUCCUACUACGCCCUGGAUGCCUACCUAUUUCCACGCCACCUGUGUCCAGUACACACAUAUUCCGCGGACGCCCAUGCCAACUUACGCUCACACCACCCACACACACUACCGCCCACCUGCACUCACACUGCCCUCCUACACUUACACCGCCCACCUACCCUCACCCCGCCCACCUACCCUCACCCCGCCCACCUACCCUCACCCCGCCCACCUACCCCUCACACCGCCCACGCCUGGUGUCCCUAUAGUUGGAAGACGGAGAUAUUGACUGUGAUAAUCUUGUGCAAUAUAGAUGUAAAUAAUUAAUAUUUUAUAAGUUGAGAAUGUUAAUUUUUUUAAUAAACUUACAACUAUG